CCCAUCAGCAGCUAGUAGUCAGACGGAUGCAGGAAACGCUAGUCCAACGCGGAGCGCCGAGCGAAAUACGCUUGUCCUAAACUAAACAGAUAUUGUCAUAGACUAGAUAGGAAACCGUACACCGAAAUAAAAUAAAAAUGACACAAUCAUUAUAUUUUUUAUCUGUGGAGAUUUAUUUUGCCGCGUAAACUAGUGCAGUACGAAGCUAAAAAUAAAAUUGUAUUUCAAGAUACAUACGCGGAUGUGACAUUUCGUUUAUUUUUCUAUGUGCGUGAUUAUAUAAAAACAGUUUUACAGUUUUAUACUAUACGUUGUACAUACACCUAUCAAUUUAUUUUGUUAUUUAGUUAAACGAAUGCUUUCAUGUGAAUAGAACAUUGACCGAAUUACUGAGCAAGAUGAACGAAUGAAUUACAUGAAAUUAGAGAUAUUUGUGUACACAUUUCAAUUCGGAACGUGUAACUAUUUAUGACAAUAUUUUUUUUAAUGGGCCUUAUUUAUCGAACUACAAGUGUUAUGUUUUACCGGAAAAUGACAUAGCUGAUGUAAUUGUGCUUGUGCUCGUUUUAAAACAAACUUUUUUUUUUAAUUAUAAUUAAGCACGGAUUUUUGUUAUAAAUGACAAGGGAUUACUCCGUGGCCUGGGGGCAUUUCCCGGAGUUUCACCAGGACAUGUGGGCGAGCAAGGGCUCAGCCAGGAGGGGUGGGAUUUGCUAACAGCUAGGACAACGACGAGUCGACGGUGACUGGCUCCUGCGUGAUAAUGAUCAGAUGAAAUAGGCUACGAGCAAGGUCAUGCCUCUGCCGUUGCUAAGGAGGUGCUGUGGAUGCCUCCCCCUUGAAGCCGGCUGCUUCAUACUCUGCAUAGCAUCUACUAUGGCAUGUGUAGCGAACAUAGCUGCCGGUGCGUGGAAUCUCCCGAGGCAUAGAGACCGCGAACCAGAGGACAACCUUAUAUCCAUGAGCAUGAUCAUGUUCUCCUCAUUAUCAGCCAUCGGGAACAUCGUCGCUUUGUUCGGUAUAUGGCUAAAAAGGCCCGGAAACCUACAGUUGUCCUUAGUGUUCAACUCGAUUUUCAUCUUAUGCAUAUUCUUGGUGUCAAUAGUGACCUGUAUCUUCAGGAUGGAUGAAUUCCUCAAGCUACCCGGGAACAUAGCUCUCGUAGUGGUAACGCUUAUAGCUGGAGCAGGUAUGUAUUUUAUACGCGUACCUUCUUACAGUCUCAACACUAGGAACAACAUGGCGGCGAUGCAACAUCCCGCCAAAAAAGUUAACCUUUAUUACAAACUUGACAACUUGACUUGGUAAAUUGCUGUUGUUAGUAAAUUUGAAAUGGAUACAAUAUUUUUGGCUUCGGGACUGUUCUUACGGCUUAAUUACUGUCCAUCAUGACAAAGUGGAAGCCGUCAUCCAUUUUGAGACACGAGUCGAAAACUCAACUAUACGACGUAUCCACUAUAUCAUUCUUCGAAAUAAAAGGAUGACUACGACGAUACAACGACUAUAAACAUAUUUAAAUAAAAACAACGUUCCGUUGCCUACAUCAGAGUCCACGGGGGUAGAUACCACUAGUCUCCUUAUAUACUUCCGUAUAGUCUAUAAAAUUAAGACCGGUCACCGUCCCCGCCGAACCCGUCGCUUGCGACGAAGGGCUCGACGAGUAAAUUAACCCAUAGACACAGCCCACUGAGUUUCUCGCCGGAUCUUCUCAUUAGGUCGCGUUUCCGAUCCGGUGGUAGAUUCUUCGAAGCACUGCUCUUGCUAGGGCCAGUGUUAGCAACAAAUCAAAUCAAACACUCCCGGUUUAAGCCCCGAGAGCUCACCUACACGCUAGGGUAAAGCUGAAAUAGCCUUUCAAGGCUUUAAGCUUAAGUAGGGAAAAAAUAUAAGAUCUAGUCUUAGAUUAUUGCACAAUAAUGGAUAACGUUAAUAUCCUUUCUAUUUCAGUUUAUUCGCUGUACUACUUGACGGUGGUCAAUAGUUUGUAUCGGACCAUGAAAAUGUCUUACAGCGAAAGCGCUCUGCCGAUUUGAGAGAAAAAAUAAAGCAUCAAUUGUUAAUUGAAUAUUGGUAUUGGUUCAUAAAUAAGCAACCGGACACCAAUGUGGAAACAAUCUAAAAACACUUAUACAGGGUGUUGCUUAAAAAGGAACGCUCGCUCAUUAUUUUUGUAUAAUAAUAAUAAUAAUAAAUGUUUGAAACCAUAAAGAAAAUCUAAUAAA